AUGAAUAAUCAGGCGCGGGCAUCGCGUCACGCGUCUGGAAUUUUACCGUCAAAGCAGUUUUUUGCACCAAGAAAACCAAUAACGGCCUUAUCACGAAGAAAGUCCGCACUAUCUGUCGUUGGUAAUUCACCAAAUACACCACCUUCACCUGGUGCACAAUCCGUUACUACCAAUAAUAGAUCCACACUUAAUUCCGUAAUAAAUUCUCAGCUUUUGAAUUUCAACUCCGAAGAUGAAGUUUCUCUUUUACAGCAACCUUCCUCACUUGCUCUUGCAGCCUUUUCAUCACAAACUUCCUCCAAUAAUAAUAAUAACCUUUCACUCGACCAAUCGAUUGAUAAUAUUUUUAGUCCAGAUGCUUCCGCUACUAAUCGAACAUCACUUAGUAAACCUCCAAGUGCUUUACUUUUAAGGCGUCAACAACGUCAACAAAAUGGUGAAGGUGGAAGUACAGAAUUAUCCCAAGCUGUUAUCAAUUCAGUUCUGGAGCCAAUUAUUCCGGCACCAGUUUUAGAACCUUCAUCAUAUAGACAAUUAAUGCGUCAAGCUACUCUCAAUGCUGAUUCAGAUCUAUCAUCGAAAGAUUUUGCAGCUGCUACCGCUUAUUCUAAGCAUUCUGAUAUUUCUCCUAAUACGCCUUCCUCGAACACUAAACUUACUGAGAUGUCAUCAAAAAAAUUUAACUCUUCUCAAACAAAACAACCUACCUUUAAUAUUAAAUAUCCUCGAAUUAUGUCGCCGCAUUCUUCGACUGAUCAUAAAGGUCAACGUUUAUAUCAAGUAUGGCCUGGAAGAAAUCGAUUUUUUUUAGGUGGUAGGAUAAUGACUAGUAGGGAUUUUCCCGCUUUUUUGGUUGCCUUUUCUGCCCUUGUAGUUCCAUCUGGGCUAUUUAUGGGAUUUACUUGUCCAUUCCUUUUUCAUCAAGUGUCACCAGCGGUGGUAUUUAUAUUUGUUUAUUUAUUUUUGUUGGCUGUGACUAGCAUGCUUAGAACUUCAUGGUCGGAUCCAGGUAUAGUUCCAAGAAAUUUAGAUCCGUCACCUCCAACAGAAUGUGUAGAAGAUCCAGAAAAUGCUCAAAAUAAUCCAAAUAUCGAUGUUUUUGAACCAGCUCGUAGCUUUCCACUUCCAAAAGAAGUUAGAAUUAAUGGACAAACUGUUAGAUUAAAAUAUUGUGAAACAUGUAAAAUCUAUAGACCACCUAGGUGUAGUCAUUGUAGACAAUGUGACAAUUGCGUAGAGAAUGAGGAUCAUCAUUGUAUCUGGUUAAAUAAUUGUAUAGGACGACGAAAUUAUAGGACAUUUUUCACAUUUAUAGCAACAGCUACCAUUUUAUGCAUCUACGUUUUAGGGUUUUGCCUGGCGCAUUUAUUACUACUCAUGAAAAAGUCUUCCAAUUUUCUGGAUGCAAUUAUGGAUGCACCUAUACGUGUUCCUAUGGCAAGGAGAAAUAACAGGAACCCGUUCGACUAUAGGAAUGUAUUUAGGAAUUGUCUUUCGGUUCUUUGUAGACCUAUGUCGCCAAGUUCGGUCAGCAGGCGUGCUUAUGUUAAUAAACAAGAUAUUAAUACACAUGGUUUUAAUGAGGGUGUUAGAAGUACGGUCAUAGCAGGUGAUUUAAAUAAUAAUAAUACACUUGGUGAAUGUGAUAUAAGAAUAGAUAUAAAAGAAGUCAUAACUGUUAAUAAUAGUGAUGAAGGUUUAAAUGCGUUACGACAAAAUAAUAAUGAAAAUAAUAAUAUUAAAGAAGAUACACAAGUAUCAUUAUCACCCAAUUUACCUGUCCCAUCUAUUAAAAUUAAUGAAAAUGUUUCAUUUCCAAAUGAAAAAGAACAAGUUAAAGAACCACAAAUGACAGAAGUAAUAAUUACGACAGAAUCAUCUUAA